UUCCUAGAAUAAUUUAUGUGUACUUUGAUUAUUUAUCAUGUGUUAUAUUUUAACGUGUUUCAAAUCUGUUUAUUCACUGGUAAUGACGUUUUUAACAACACAUACGUUGGACUGUACCAAAACUUCACUUUUUCGGAUUUGGAACUGCAUUCAGGAACGCGUUAUUAUAUCACAGUGACUGCAAUACAUAAUAUCCAUCGCAGCAAAACAGCUCAUUCUGACGGCUUCGUUGUCGACACUGAUAACCCUGUAGAGGGGACUGUGUUCAACACAAAACAUCACGGUGACGAACAUUUCCAAUCAAAUAGUGAAACAUUCGGUUUAUUCUGGCAUGGAUUCAUCGACCACUCUUCUGGAUUAAAGGCAUACCAUGUAGCUGUAAUCGACGUCGACACGAUUCAAACACAUAUCAAUUUCAUAAACGUUGCGUUGAAAACAACGCACACGUUUCAGAAUGCAUCUCUUUCUCAUGGACAUAAGUACAUUGGGCUUGUAAAGGCUGAGGACGCGGCUGGUCACUUAAGCAAGAUCGUACAAAGUACUCCGAAGCAUAUAGAUUUUUCCCCGCCAAUCGGGUAUACAUGCGCAAGAUACCGUCCGCUUCAUACCAAGCAAUUAACUGAGUCUCAAUAUACAACGACGGAAUUAAGUUCAACGUUUUUGAAGCACGUUCCCUACGCAAUAAGAGGACUCGUAUCCAAUGAAAAUACGGAGGUAGCUGUCCGGAUCGGAAGACUUAAUAGUCAAUUGGUUCGUGUUAGGAAUCAUAAUGGAACGUAUGCAUUCAAAUAUGCAUUUACAUUACCGAUGGAAAUAAGAGAAAAUAUUUAUCUUGAAUUUGAUAUCAAACACAUCGAAACGAAUAUUUCUGUUGGUGUAUAUGAAUGUAUGGAUAUGGCAGAGGCAACACACGGAGUAGUUACUGUUUCUCAAGUGAAAAAAUCGAUGUUUAUUGUUUCCGUAAACGUCUUUGAUCCAGAUAGUGGAAUAAAAAAGAUAACACUCGGGGCUGGAACUUCACCAGGAUCGUUACAAUUACGUUCACUUAAUGUUGCUCAUUGCAUUAAUGACGAAAUAAUGGAUCUCCAAGUCGAACAUGGCACACCCGUACACGUGACGGCUAUUGUAGAAAAUUAUGCUGGUCGUAGGUCCGUAUUUCAUUCGACUGCCGUUGUAACGGAUAUCACUCCUCCUGAAAUAUCUGACGUGAUUUUUAACAUAGAAACUCAUAUAAAUAUAAGCGGGAAAGCAUCGACAAUAACGAGCACUAUAACCGGACAAUGGAACGUCAUCGACAAUAAAACUGACAUCAAAAAGUGUUCGGUUGGAAAAGGAAGAAGUUCAGACGGGUCCCCUAACAUUAUGCCCUAUACCUAUGCAAAUGAUACAAUGGUCACUUUUCAUUUAAACUCGAUUGCCCACGGUGAAGUUUUAUAUUGUGCUGUGAAAUGUGUUAACAACGUUGAACUAACAACACUCGCAGCGUCAGGCGCUCUAAUUGUUGCCUACAAGAAGCCAAUUAUUGAUUUGGCACAGGUACAGUUUAUUGCUGAAGCAAUAGCAGCUGCGCCUAUUUCAGACCUUCCAAACAAGUUUCAUACCAUCUACUUCAGUAACAGAAGUUCUUAAAAUGAGAAGAUUUUUGUUCAGAACAAUUUGACAGCUUUGAAAGUGGAGUGGACUGGAAUUGUAGAUGCUGCAGGGCUUAACAACUACGAAUACCGCGUUAUAACCUCAGAGGGUGUUACUGUUAAUUGGACUAAUUGUGGCAAUUACACGUUCGUCGAUAUCACUGGUUUGAACUUAAAACCGAAAGCGAUUUACGCAGUUCAAAUCAGGGCUACCAAUUUGGCCCACGCAACAAGCGACAACAUUCAAACAUUUACAUUCCCAAAAGGGUCAGCACCACAGCUAACCGGCAAGGAAGCUCGUAUUACCCUUAGUGAUAACAACAUCACAUUAGAUUGGAGCGAUGUAUUUGAAGAACACUUUCUAAUAUCGCCUAUGAAUGCAUAUGACGUAGUUGUGGGUACACGUGCGGGUAACAACGACGUCAUCGACUUGUCUAAAAGGAAAGAAACCACCAUCCAGUUUCUUAAACCCAAAUCCUCUCUUGCUAACUUGAUCCCAACUGAAAUAUUUGUUUCAGUCAUCUGUUGGGAAUCUAAUGGUCAGUUUGGAACAUAUCAAACUCGCUUCCAAUUGGAUAGAAACUAAAGUAUGUGAUUAUAAAGAUCCACAAUAUUUUACACAGACUUUUUUGUCGUUCAUGUGUACAUGUAUUAAUAUGCAUAAAAAAGGAUUUUUUUAAAAUAAUUUUGAUAAUGGGAUGGGCUUUUGAUUGUUUGUUUUACACGAGUUUGUACAUGACUUUUAAAUGAUUAACGUUCGAUCUAGUGUGUUUAUUUGUCUGUAUGUGAUUCAACAUAACGUAUUGCAAAAAUAAUUUGUAUUUUAAUAUCUUUUGUGUUAUAAAACAAUGUAUGUUUAGCUUUAGAAAGAAAGCUUUUUUUAAAGCAUAGAA